UUGCCACCAUUUCCAUUUCUAUGAGCUAUCGUUUCAGCUCCAAGCAAGCAAACGCUCGCAAAUGGCGUUAUUGAUUUCUAGGUUUCGGAAUCUGCGGGCGGUGACGGUCGUUCUGAGCGCCGCCAAUGCCGUUCUGGUCAUCCUCGGUUUCUUCCUAUUCGCUCUCGCCUAUCCGUCUUGCGAUCACCGCCUCCUUCUCCCCUUCGCCGCUGUGUCCUUCGUCGCCGCCGUCAGAAUCGUCACCACCGUUCGCACCGGCGUCGCGCAGGAAGCCACAGCCAUGACUAUUCUCGAGUCUACCGCCGAUAGCGCGGCCGUCGUCGAUACCGUCAUUCGCCAUGAACGGAGGAUGAGGUAUAAAAGAUGGCUUUGGUGGACUCGGUUUGCAAUGUUUGUUACAGCAUUACAAUUUUCCGCUGCAACUUACCUUGUGUACACUGUGGUCAGCUAUGUUUCUCAUGAUCCAAAAACAGAUGAUUGCAUUAUAGGGUUAGAUAGUAGCCAGUGGGAGCAACAUGUAAUAGUUUUAUUCAUGAUUAUGUUAUGCUCUGUCACAAUACUACAAUGUUUCACGGGGUCUGAUGUUCUACAUUGGAGAUCGUACUAUGCAACCAAAGAUGAUGCAUGGAAAGCCCAUUACAGAGAGGUAUUUGAUCAUGGUAUUCGUGAAGUUUUGUGCUGCCUUGGGCGUGUCAAAUACUUGAGUGUCUUGGAGGAAGAUGAGGUUUUUUCAGUAGCUCGAUUGCUGGGGGAUCUUGUCACUUAUCGUGCAUCAGGCACUGGACAUUUGGAACUGUUGGCAGGUCUAGCCUUAAUGCAGAGCGAGAAUGAGUCACCAAGUUCCUAUGAAGAGAGCGGGGAAGCACCUGAUGAACAAAUUCAGGAAGCUGCAGAUCUUCAUAAAUUUGCCGAAGCUGCUUAUACGGGUCCAUUACUUGACUUGGGAAGAAAUCCUUUCUUAUUUCCUUGUGUGUGGCUCUAUAGACAAGGGAUUUUGACUCCAUGGAUGCGUAACAGGCGACCUAAACUUGAUGGUGAUAACUGGUGGAGGGGCCAUGCAGAAGCCUUUUUAAAGUAUGUUAAAUUAUCCCCAGAAGUACUGCGGCAAGGACGUGUUAACCAGGCAAAAUGUGAGGCUGCGUACUUUGUUCUUGUUUUGCAUCAUCUAAGAUCUGUAGUGAUUGCUAUUCGGGGAACUGAGACCCCUGAAGAUCUGAUAAUUGAUGGCUUAUGUAGGGAAUGUAUUCUUUCCGCAAAAGACUUGGAUGGGCUGAUUAAUAGCAAUCAUGUUGACCCUGACCUGAAGCAAAGUGUUCUCUCAACUUUCCCCCAUUAUGGGCACUCGGGUAUUGUUGCUGCUGCACGGAAUCUUUUCACACAAAUUGAAGGAAAUGCUGAAGAUGAUGCAGAAUCUGAUGCAGGUGGCCUUCUUUCGUCAUUACUGGGAGCUGGGUGCGAGUGUGAGGGGUACAAUAUUCGCGUAGUUGGCCAUUCCCUUGGAGGAGCCAUUGCCACAUUGCUAGGAAUUAGACUAUACCGUAAAUACCCAAAUUUACAUGUUUAUGCAUUUGGACCCCUUCCAUGCGUGGAUUCAAUUGUAGCAGAGGCCUGUUCUCAAUUCGUUACCAGCAUUGUUUUGAACAAUGAAUUCUCUUCACGCCUUUCAGUUGGGUCAAUUUUAAGACUUCGAGCGGCUGCUAUCACAGCACUUUCUCAAGAUUCCACAGCUGAUACGGCGAUGAUCUUCAGACUAGCACGCCGCUUUCUCUAUGUUAGUCAGUAUCAGAGAAAUAGGACUGAGUUAAUGGAACCAACUUCAGAUGUGUAUUCUGGGACAAGAUCGCAAAACCUAAACAACCAUGCAUCUGGAAGUGAGAGUCUGUUUGAUUCAAGUGGGUAUGAGGAACGUGAUAGUGACUUUUCCCUCUUCUCUGAAACUGAUAUAAAGGAUGCAAUUGUUGAAAGUGCACCAGAUGAAUUCUCCAGUCCUUUUGCCACUAAAGCCAAUGCAUAUGAUCCUGUAUCCGAGUUUAUGGAAACUGUUCCAACAUCUGAAAAUGUAUCAGCUGGGAAUCCGCCAGAGUUGUAUUUGCCAGGCCUUAUAAUUCAUAUGGUUCCACAACAUAGAAAUUUCCAUAUGUCCCUAUGGAAAGGUCGGGGAUUCCUUGAGAGAGAAAAUGGGUACAAAGCAUAUAUAGCAAACAAAGAGAGCUUCAAAGAUAUUAUUGUGUCACCAUCAAUGUUUCUUGAUCAUCUCCCUUGGAGAUGUCAUGAUGCAAUGCAAAAAGUAUUAGAAGCUCGGUGCACACAAGCUCUUAAUAAUGAGUGUCGGAUUGUUAAUGUGUAUUAAGUUUCAAUUCUAACUCAGAGGGUAUCCAUGCUAAUAGUCAACUUCCAUAGGAGCGUUCUUUGUGCCAAUUAGGUGCUUUGAGAAAUGUAUAUAUAAUUCUCCUCUGGACUAUUGUCUUCGAAGUUGAAAGAUUGGGAGUUCGCAAAACGUACAGCAAAGCCUGUACUACUUGGUUCGCUGAGAAAAACAAGCUGACGUGACUGUUAGAUAGGAUAGGAAGCCUGCUGCGUUUGGAGGAUGGUUUUUAGCCAAGAAUUCCAAUAAUCGUGGCGUCAACAGGUUUAUUAUCUUAACAGAUGUUUGUACCUUACAGGACAUAUUUCGUUCAACACCUGAUACUUGCUGAGGUCAUAUAUACGUUUAAGUACAUCUAUAUGCUGAUGACUGAUUUGUUCCUGUAAUAGAUGCCUUUUAC